AUGGGCGCGGCCUGGUCCGUGGAAAGAGAGCGGUGGGCACCUGCAAUGCAGUACUGGUGGUCACGAAAGCUAGCUGUAGCAAGGAGGGUGGGAGCGCUUAAUGUGCUGCCCUGGGUCUUUGCUAUGUUUCUCUUGGAGGAGAUGGACCACUGGCUGAUUGAGAAGGACGCGAUCACCUGGAACACGAGCAUCCGUUCACCCACCUGGGAGUGGGCCUGGGACUUGCUAGCUCAGACCCCUAACCCGGAUAUGAACACCUACAACACCAGCAUCAGCCAGAGCCCGUGGCCAGAGGCGUUAGCUCUCUUGGAGUGUUUAGCUUCCUCCCACGGCCAGUUGGACCUCAUCAGCUCUGCGCUGACCCGGGGCGACCUUGGUGCUUGGGCGAGGACAUGGCAGUUGCUGGAGCAACUGGAGGUCAAACGCCUUCAGCUGACCCUGGUGACUUGCCACUCCAUCUUGAGCUAUGCAGAGUGGUCUUUGGCGCUGUGGCUCUUACAAGAGGCCUUUCGCUUGGACUUGGAGGUUUCGAUCUUGACCUUUGGCCUGGCGAUGAGUGCCAUUGAGCGCGCAGCCAAAUGGCCUUCAGCAGUGCAACUCCUGGAUUUCAUGCAGACCUCACGCCUUGGGCCUAGCACGGUGGCCUACAAUGGAGCCAUCGGUGCGACGAGUCGUGGUGCUUGGCACAGGGCUUUGGCCCUGUUCCAGAACAUGGAGCGCCGGCUUCGACGAGACGUGGUCGGCUACGGAGCAGCGAUGAGCGCGCUUGCUGGCGGUGGGGCAGAUUGGCCCUCAGCAUUGCUGCUUCUGCAGGACCUUGAAGACGAGCACUUGGAGUCGAAUGUGAUCCCCUACAAUUCUGCCCUUC